AUGGAAGAAACCGACAUGCCACCUGCUAAGCGAAGGUGUUCACCAAUUCCCCCACGAGCGCCGAGGCCGCAUCCAGUCAAGACAGAUAAUACCACAACGCCAGCCGCUGCACCUGUAGUAAAAGAAGAUGCAAAUGCGGACCCGGAAGUGGACUUUAUCGUGAGAGCGGUUCGAGCUGCACUGCAGGAGAAGAACAAAAAGUCGAAAGAGAACAUCAAUCCGUUGGUGGAUGACAUCUUCAGUCUCGACUGGUAUUCGCUGCUGGACCUCCAUCAAGAGCAGUGA